GAGAGAGACGCUUUAUCUUCACACAGGAGGCUACACAACAAUAGUAGAGGUAGUGGUCGGUGACUUAAGGUAUUUCGGCCUUAACUUAAAUAGUUAGGUCGGAAUUAACUUGAAGCAGACAGGAGCACUGGGGGCAUGGCGGUGUAUUUUGACCACCGUAUUGAGGCCCCUGAAAACAGUGAUGUGCCCUCUCAGUUGACCUGGCACUCGGCUAUCCCAGUAUUGGCUGUGGCCUCAAGUAAAGCCAAUGCUGGAGGCAAUGUCAACCUGUACCUACAGCAGGGAGAGCAUGUGGAGAGCUGCCACAUAGAGCGUCCUCACCUACCUACAGUGCUACGCUGGCAUCCCACAAAGCCAGUGUUGGCAGUAGGCUGGGAGAAUGGAGAGGUAGUGCUGCUGACACACCCCUCUGGAGAUCAAACGGUUCUUCCCAGUAUGCAUACAGCUUGUGUCUCACUCCUGGAGUGGAGCAGCUCUGGUAGCCGAUUAGUUACUGGAGAUCAGACUGGAGCUCUAGCAGUAUGGAAGGUAGAUGCCAGAGGGAGACUUCAAGGAAGCCACCUAAUAAAGCAUGAAUACAACAAACCUUUAACUUGCUGCAUCUUUAGACCUGCCUCACCUGGAGAUGAUGUGGCUAUGCUAGCCCGAGCAUCAGUGAACGGAGAUGAAAGUGCUCUGGACAUGUUCAGCUGGAAGGGGGAACCUCUCAAGAUGGGCCCACAGGAGAGACUUGCAUUCUACAUCAGCACUGGAGAUGGUAAGGUCCACAGUGUGGAUGAGCAUUGUAAGACAAGCACACUUCUCAGUGUGGAGGGUGCAAUCAAAAAACUGUUCUACCUUGAGAAGAGAGAAGCCCUCAUUGUGAUCACAGAGACCCUGAUGUUGUCACAGUACAGUCUGGGACCUGAGGGAGGAGCCCAGGAAUUCAUGAAGGUAAAGCUAAGCAGCAGGAGUGGAAAGAAUGUAGACAUCAUCUGCACAGAUAACAGUCUCCUCAUCACAGCAGCAGGGGAACAGGUUAUUAGGCUGUGGGACCUGGAGCGAGAUGAGAACUAUGUUUUGUCCCUUGACAAGACUCUGGGGUUUGAGAGAGGAGAGAUGAUGAACUGUGUUUCAUACUGUGCAGGAAAAGAAAUCCUGGCAGCCGGUACCAGCCAUGGGCGUAUAGCAAUGUGGAGGAUGGUGGUGCAGCCAGGCAGUAUCAUUGGUGACACCAAGGCCCAGUGGAAGCUACAGACACCCACUGAAUUAGGAGGAAACGUCACUCAACUACAGUGGGGCUCUAGCCUGAAUCUGCUGGCGGCCAACAACUUAAACACAGUGCUGAUCUUGUGUGAGCAUGUGAUGUCAGCUCACUGCAGCCAACAGGUGGCAGCAGUGCAGCUUACCCCAAGUCAGCUUAGCAUCACUCAGUUCACCACAGGAGUGCACCUUGCUCUGCAGUCUGACAUACACAUCAAAGGAGUGUGUGUUACCAAGGACUCAGUGACAGUCUGGAGUGGCAAGCAGGUCACAGUAUAUGAGCUUUCAGGGACAGUUCUACACAAUACAGGAUCAUUUCAUUGUGACUCCCAUAUAGUAGCUGUACAUGAUGAGAACCUCUAUACUGUGGAGCCUAACAGGGUACAGAUCCGCACACCACAGGGCACAGUGAAGCAGCUGCUAACUUUCUCCAAAGCAGAAGGCAACCCUGUGCUACUCAGUGUGUGUCAGUCUUUCCUGGUUGUAGGCACGGAUACAGCGCAUAUCAAAGUCUUUGACCUCUCCCGGAGAGAUGCCAAGGCUCACUGCAGUGCUAAGAACCUGACUGAGCAGAUUGCCAAUCUUGGAGCGUUGAGGUCAGUCAAGUGUAAUGCCAACGGCAACCAAGUCAGCAUCCUGAGCUCUCAGGUUAAUGGGCGACCUGAUCACAAAGUGUACUUUUAUGAUGUUGAGAUGGACACUGUGACACACUUUGACUUCUUCGUUGGCAGACCGUCCAGUGGUAUCUCACAGCCAGAAGAAAGUGAAAGGCAGCAGUUGCAGGGGACAGAGCUCAGUGGUCGGUGCCCUGUAACUCACUUUUGGGAUGAGUGUGAACCUCGUCUUUUUGUCUGUGAGACCGUGCCCAUCAGCUCUGAAUCCUUAGCAGCUAGUUACUUGGACACGGUGGACGUGUCAGUGGUGACACUCUUCUGUACACAGGAGCAUGGGCUCCUCCUACAGGACUGUUUCUCCAAACCUGCAGGCAUGCAGGCUCUGCUUGCACUGGAUGUGCCCUACUAUUAUUUCAGCUGCAAGCCAGGUGAGAGGGGGCCAGGGUUAACAGAGAUUUCAGCCACAACAUCGGCACCGCCACAACAGACGCAGCCAUCAAGAGGGGCACCUGCCCAGCUACCCCAUAUAGUGUCCAGGCGAGCUCUCAGGGACUUUGUCGGUCUGGAGAGCUGUGAGAAGGCCACCCGUGAUGCCAUUCUCAACUUCAGCUUCUACCUGACCAUUGGCGAUAUGGACGAAGCCUUCAAAUCUAUCAAGCUCAUCAAGAGUAAAGCAGUAUGGGAAAACAUGGCACGGAUGUGUGUGAAAACCCACCGACUAGAUGUUGCACGUGUGUGCCUUGGGAAUAUGGGAAAUGCCCGGGCAGCAAAAGCACUGAAGGAGGCAGAGGCAGAGCCUGAACCAGAAGCCCAAGUGGCAAUGUUGGCUAUUCAGCUCGGCAUGCUGGAAGAUGCAGAAAAGUUGUACAAGAGCUAGCAAGCUUUAGAGACGGCUGAACUCUCUGAUCGCAUCCAUCUGCGCACCACCUAUUACAGUUAUGCCAAAUACCUGGAGUCCAUGGGUGACAAGACCCUGGCCCUCAAAUACUAUGAGAAUUCAGACACACACAGGGUUGAAGUUCCCAGAAUGCUCCAGGAUGACAUAACAUUAUUACAAGCCUACGUUAACAAAAUGAAAGACAAGAAUAUUUAUAAGUGGUGGGCCCAGUACCUGGAGAGCCAGUCAGACAUGGAUUCAGCACUGCGUUUCUAUGAACUUGCCCAAGAUUACCUCUCCCUGGUUCGAGUCCACUGCUACAUGGGGAACAUUCAGAAGGCAUCUGAGAUAGCCAAUGACACAGGGGACAGAGCAGCAUCGUACCAUCUGGCCAGACACUAUGAGGGUCAUGAUAAUAUCAAACAGGCUGUCCACUUCUACACCCGAGCCCAGGCCUACAACAAUGCCAUACGACUUUGUAAGGAGAAUGGUCUGGAUGACCAAUUGAUGAACCUGGCUCUGCUCAGUAACCCAGAGGACAUGAUGGAGGCUGCCUGUUACUAUGAGGAGAAAGGCACUCAUAUGGACCGGGCUGUUGCACUCUACCACAAGGCUGGCUAUGUCUCCAAAGCUCUAGAGUUGGCCUUUGCCACCCAACAGUUCUCUGCACUUCAAUUGAUUGCAGAGGAUCUGAAUGAGAACUCAGACCCAGCCCUACUGACACGGUGCUCUGACUUCUUCAUCACACAUUCCCAGUACGAGAAGGCUGUAUAUUUACUGGUAGCAGCCAAAAAGUACCACCAAGCCUUGGAGCUGUGUGUAAACCAGAACUUGAACAUCACAGACGAGAUGGCGGAGAGGAUGACUGUAACUGAUUCAAAAGAUAUGUCUGAAGAGGCCCGAAAGGGGCUGCUGGAGAGGAUAGCUGACUGCUGCAUGCGCCAGGGUGAUUACCACUUGGCCACCAAGAAAUACACUCAGGCGGGCAACAAGCUCAAGGCAAUGAGGGCACUCCUCAAGUCAGGCGACACAGAGAAAAUAGUAUUUUUUGCCAAUGUUUGUCGUCAGAAGGAACUUUUCAUCAUGGCUGCCAACUACCUCCAGUCUCUGGACUGGCAGAAAAAUCCAGAGAUCUUGAAGACAAUCAUUGGCUUCUACACUAAAGCCAGGGCACCGGAGCUGCUGGCUGGCUUCUAUGAAGCCUGUGCCCAGGUGGAGAUUGAUGAUUACCAGAACUAUGAGAAGGCCCUGGAUGCUUUGACUGAGGCUGCCAAAUGCCUUUCAAAAGCAAAGGACUCUUCAACUGGACAGCAGGGAGUAAGACUAGCUAACCUGCAGCAUAAGAUAACCCUAAUCAAGAAGUUUGUCCAUGCACGCAAUUUGUAUGUGGAGGAUGCUGGUGAGGCAGUGCGGUUAUGUGAAUCCCUGCUGGAGGAACCAGACUUGGACCCUGCUGUCAGGAUUGGAGAUGCAUUUGCUUUCCUGGUGGAGCAUCACUGUCAGCAAGGCAACUUCCACAUGGCUUAUCAUAAGCUGGAGGAGCUCCAGAAGCUGCUGCCAAUGCAGAACAUUAGGUACUACAUUAGCCAGGCCAGCCUCGAGGCCCUGCACAAAGAGAUGGGUGUAGUCAUGGAUCCUGGUGACAGAAGGCACAGUAUGAAGGAGGAGGAUGAAGUGGAGGAGGAGUUAAAUGUAUAGUCUGCACUUUUUCGUCCAGGGAUGACUGUGCAGUUAGUUCUCUAAAAUGCAGCAAGGUGAGAUGACUAAAGCCACAUUGAUAAAAUGAACCCACUGACUGUAAUACCAUUACCAUUACCUCUGUCAAUUUAUAUCGACAGAGGUAAUAGAUCUACCACCCUGCAAAACUAAAUUAUAUACAGUUAGACAACAUUUUCCAAAAUUGUUUGUGCAGACUGGUGUAGAUGAACACAGACUAUUGCCUUCUUCCAAAUGAAAUAUGUAUGUUAAGUUUGGAUCUGAUUGUGCAGUUUGUUUUAGAUUCACUCUGUGAUCUAAAUGUGUUUACAGACAUUUGGUACCAUUUUUUUUUAUUCAGUUGGUGUAUUAUUUGUAGAUGUCCUCUCAGUGUCAAAAGUCAUAUCUCUAUAAAGUAUUUUGCAGCAAUUUUUGAUACAUUUCACUGAGUUUCUACUUGGCCCUUGUAAUUAUGAUUUAAUAUUUUACAUUACAAUGCACUGCAAGGUUAGUAUAUUUUUAUUACUAUAUUAUUAUUACCUGCUCUGUAUGACUUUAAAGGUUUUAUAGCAUAAGAGGUAUUCAAAUGCCAGUAGUAAACUGUAAUAGACCAAACAGACUGGUAAGACCGGUCAACUUUGUUUGUUUAACAUGACGUCUUUGUACAUGUACUCAUAUACAUUAAGCAUACUGUGACCAUGUUGGUCUUUUAGUUUUAUGUACUUGUUUCCAAAAUAAAAUAAUUAUGAAAAGAGAUUCUCAGAGGUCAGCAGUUAUCCCAACUGUAUUCGCUAGAGGACACUAUUGUUUAUGACAUUCAGCAACCUUUGUUAAUUGCAGUUGUGGUUCAAUAAAUUUUGCUGCAGCUGUUUUUUGUGAUAGGAAAUAAAGAUAAAUA